AUGACCGAAUUUCACGAAAGUAUUGACCCUGAUGGAGAUACCUUGAUUACGAUCUCCUAUUUGCCUGUGCUUACCCAUAGCGUGGAUGAGCCAGUGGCUGCCGAAGAGCCAGACCAUAAAGAUGGACAUUCCACCUUCUCCAGCACCGAUGGGACUACCCACUGUCAUGAAGGAGACGAAUCGGUAUCCGAACUCAGGUUGAAAGUGUCCAAGAAACACCUUACAGUGGCAUCUCGCCGUGCCAAAGCGAUGUUCCAAAGAGGCUAUCGUGAGACUCAGAAAUCGGAAGUUGAUGGCCUUUACCACUGGAAAAUUGGGCCCUUAUUUGAUCCUGAAGCUCUUAGGAUGGUCAUGAAGGUGAUCCACGCGCAAGCUCAAGAUUUGCCAGACGACGUCACGCUUCACAGGAUAGUCUCAAUAGCUGAAGUUGUGGACGACCUUCAAUACCAUGACGCUCUAUCAUUCUUUGUCAAGGCAUGGAUUCAUCGGUUAUCUGAAUCAGUUCCGAGUCGAAUGUGUGACGAGCUGGUACAAUGGAUUUUCAUUGCAUCGGUGUUCGGCCUGGAUGAGAAGUUCAAGCAAGCGACGAGAGUGGCAAUUAUGCACAGUAAGGGGCCUAUAGAUAUAUUAGGACUGCCUAUGCGUCCAGAUAUUGUCGAUAAAAUUGAGCAAAAGAGACAAGAUCUUGUCGAAGAUCUCAUCGCACAGUUGAACGAUCUGUUAGACAACUUAUGCUCGGGCCGGUAUUGUCGUGUCCUUGCAUGCAGGCUCAUGAUGAUUGGAGCAUUGACUCAGCAAAUGAAGAAGACGAAUUUGCACUCACCUCGUCCAGAAAGGCCUUUCCACAACCAGAGUCUGUCCUCAGCACUUGGGACGGUGCGACACUUUGACUCGCCUUCUCUCUAUCUCCCAUCAGAGGAUAAUUAUCUUUGUCCAUCUGAUCAACUUAAUUCUUCCUUUAAGGAGUCUAAAGAGGAUGUUUGGGCGUUGCAGAAAGACAUCUUUUUAUCAUCACGCCGGAAAAAGAAGGACAGGAGCCUGUUUGAGUCAGAAGAUGACGAACAACCAAACAAAAGUCCCAAAGAACUUACGUUUCACUGCUGUCGUUUACAGGCUCACCUAGAGCCUGUAAUUAAUCUCUUAGAAGCUAAAGUGUUUACCCUAGAUAUAGAUGGCUUCUGA